AUGGCUCCAAAGAAGAGGCCAGCGUCAAAGGGCGCCAGCCCGGCCAAGAGGAAGAAGGGGGUCGAUGAAGGAGCCACCGGCCUCGCCUACAUGACCAGCUUCGAGCAGGCGGUUCUGGCAGAGUACGUGUGGUUGGAUGCCAAGCAGGUGCCGAGGUCCAAAACCAUGACCAUGACCACGCUACCUACGUCCGUGGAAGGCCUCCGUGUGUGGAACUAUGACGGCAGCAGCACGGAGCAGGCGGAGGGCCACAACUCGGAAAUCUACCUGUACCCCAAGGCCAUAUUCAAGGACCCCUUCCGCGGCAGUCCCCACAUCUUGGUCCUGGCGGAAGCCUACAACGCCUGGGAUGGCCAACCGGCCAUCGGGAACACCAGGGCGGAGUGCGAGAAGAUCAUGGACAAGUACGAGUACCUGGACCCUUGGUUUGGCAUUGAGCAGGAGUACACUCUCAUGAGGCCCGGGAAGGUGGGCGAAGAUCCGAAGAUUCCGCUGGGCUUCAACGACGAUGGAUCUGAACCUGCACCACAGGGGCCUUACUACACCGGGGCAGGCUUCAAUGUUGCCAUCGGCCGACCUGUGGCGGAUGAGCACUACAAGCUAUGCUUAGAGGCUGGCGUGAAGAUCGCUGGCAUCAAUGCAGAGGUCAUGCCUGGCCAGUGGGAGUUUCAGGUUGGCCCGUGCAGGGGCGUCGAGAUGGGCGACCAUCUCACCAUUGCCCGUUACAUUAUGCUUCGUGUCACCGAGAGUCACAACUGUAUUUGCUCUUUCUCGCCAAAGCCGAUGGACGGGGAUUGGAACGGCGCUGGAUGCCACACCAACUUCUCCGUGACGCCCAUGCGCGAGGAAGGCGGCUAUGACGUGAUCAUCAAGGUUUGUGAGGCCUUUGGCAAGGUCGCGGCCGAGCACAUUGCUGAGUAUGGAGAGGGAAAUGAGAAGCGCCUGACAGGCAAGCACGAGACUUGCGCCAUCUCGGACUUCAAGUACGGGGUGGCCAACCGCGGGGCUUCCAUCCGCAUCCCCCGGGAGACGGAGCGGAGCGGCAAAGGCUACAUGGAAGACCGCCGCCCAGCGGCGAACUGCGACCCUUACAAGGUCACCACGCGGAUGAUGAAGACGACCGGCGAAUGUCUCGACAAGGAGUGA